GUAAAUUACAUGGAGUACAAGCUUUUGAUCUUGUAUCUUAUAAAAGAAAAUCUCUUUUCUUUCUUUCUUUCUUGUAUUCCAUUCGUAUGCGCUUUUCUUUAGGACCCAUUCUUGUGCUUGUUUCCUCUGCUGUUGCUUUAGUUUCUGCAAACACGACAGUCAAUGUUUGCUCUUCUUGUACUUAUAAGACAAUCACCAGUGCUUUGAAUAGUCUUCCUAGUGGUUCCAGUGCUUAUACGAUUGCCAUUGCCCCAGGUACUUACAACGAAAGGGUCACUGUGAACCGCUCCAAUCUUGUCUUGAAGAAUUCCGGUAGUGGUAAUGUGUAUAUCCAAUAUGCCAUUGAUCACAACCCCCAAGACCCCAAUAGUCAUGCUGGUCAAAAGGCUGUCUUGACUGUCAAUGGCAGCAAUGUGCGUUUCUAUAACCUGAUUGUUGCCAAUGUCUACAAAGAUUCAGGUAAAGUGGCCACAGUUGCUCUUAAUGUUCAAGGCCAACAGAUCGGUUUCUAUAACACCAAGAUCUAUGGUUUUCAAGACACGUUGAUGAUCAGCAAAGCCGGUACUGCUUUCUUCAAGAACUGUUAUGUUGAAGGCUCGGUGGAUUUCAUCUUUGGUUAUGGUACGGGUUAUUUCCAAAACUGUGUGAUUGCUUCUAAUGGUGGAGGUUAUGUUACUGCUCAUAACCGUGCCUCUGCAGACAAACCAGGUGGAUUCUAUUUCAAUCAAUGUCAAUUGAAGGCGACUGUUCCUUCGGGUCCUAUCGCACCUAAUGCCAGCACUAAAUCCUUUACUUCUGUUUCAAAAGCCACCAAUACCUGUUACUUGGGACGUCCUUGGAGCCAAUAUGCUCGUGUGGUGUUUUUAUCAUCCACACUGGAUACACAUAUCCAACCUGCUGGUUGGAGUGUUUGGAAGUCUACAGAUCCUCAUACUGCUCAUGUGUUGUUUGCUGAACACAAGAAUACAGGCGCUCGUGGUGCUUUUACUAACCGAGCCUCUUUUGCUACUUUAUUGACUGAUGCUCAAGCAACUCAAUACUCGCUUACCAAAGUGUUUGGUUCUACUUCUUGGAUAGAUUUGAAAUAAAAUACACUAUUAUGGAAAUGAAGCAC